UUAUAGCGGGACUGCAGCAGGCCUUCUGACACUGGGGGGAACUGACUUGGUGUCACUGACAUCCCCAGUGACACCAAUAAAGUGAUCAGUGCUAAUAAAAAGCACUGACACUGUACUAAUGAUACUGGGCAGGAAGGGGUUAACAUCUGGGACGAUCAAAGGGUCAACUGUGUGUGCUGUUUUACUAGGCGCUGUGUGUUUGGGCUUCACUGUUAGCACACUGCUUUGCAUGGAUGUGCUGUGCACAGCUAUGUAAAGCAAUGUGCACAAGCUGACAGGGAGGCGAACUGUUCCCCCCGUUGGAAAUGAUCGGGACCUGGGCGCGGAAAUGCAAAAUCA